AUCUGCUUAGAGACCAUAUUUCUAAGAUAUCUCGAUAUAUAUCGCGAUAAAGCCUAAAAAUAGAUCGUCCUUAUAUCGCCCAGCCCUAAUAGGAAGUAAUAGAAUAUCUGUUGUUGGCACAAUCUGGAUCUUGACUGAUGCCUCGUGUCAGUUAAACUAGGAUAUUGAUCUGGUCAGUUAAGUAGCAGAGGACGCUGUCAGUCAGUUUCAGUGUUAAUGGAAAUGACAACAGCUGCAACAAUGAGACAGGAAUGCUUGUACAGGUGGAGCCCACUGACAUGCUUCCACUCCUCACCUUUUGAAUGUUUUUCACUAGUUUCAUAUUUGGUCAGGGUCACUACUGGCAGCAUGAGGCGAUGCCCUGGAGAGGUUAGAGAUACAGGAACAAAGACAAUCAUUUGUGCAACCUUUGAUUGGACAGCACGGGUGUCAGCUGGCUGAGUCAGAGACAUGAUUAUUCAGUGACAUACAAUAACUCCUCCCGACAUUUAUUCAUAACCAGCAUGUAUCAGACGUUAGCCAUCAGUUAAUACUGCAGCUUUCACCGAUGGGUUUCAGUUUGUGUUGCUUGAUAAAUGCGUUGCUCUGCUCUGCCUUCACAGCAGUCAUGCUGAAAUAUUGAGGCAGUGGGCCCUGAUGCCAAACCAACGAUGAGGUAUGACAAGGGACAGUCCAACAGCAAAUACUGCGUUACCUGUGCUGUGUUGUAUUGCAUACAAAUGACGCCACAGCAGGUGCUCGUGGAAAAGAGGCAGCGUGAUCUGAGUGAUUAUGGGGGUGGCUGUAGCUCAGGAGCGAGAGCAGGUCAUCUGCUGAUUGGAGGGUUGGUGGUGGCGUGAGCUGUCAUGUUAAAGCAGACUUCUCUUUUUACCUGCACUCGCUGUCUCACCUGUCUCCUGUAUAUUUUCUGCCUUAUAAUCAGUCUGUGUGAUUAUAGCUGCAACGCUUCAGAUGACGUCUGAUUCCCUCGUUGCAAGUCAGACAAAAAUGUCUUUUCAUUUAAGAAUGAAGCAAACAUCAGACUGCAGAAUCAUGCAAGAAGGCAAAAAUGCUGCUCAGAGCUGAUUUAGCUCUAAGAAUAUUUGACUCAUUGCUUUACCUGUUCUUUCUUUAAUAGCUUUGUUUUAGUUUGGAAGGAGGAGCGGCACAUCAAUGUCCGGCCCUUCAUUGUCCUGUAUCUGUCAGCACUGCCUGACAUUUCUUUCUCCUGUCGCCACCAAGAACACAGACGCGGUGACGAGGUGCUGUUUGUGUCCCUGAAACCUGAUGUGUGCGUCACAUGAUUUUAAAAUAAAGCGCCUCGAGGCGACUUUUGUUGUGAUUUGGCGCUAUAUAAAUAAAAUAGAAUUGAAAAUGACUGUGUGUCAAUAUUGGUUCAUUUAAACAUCGUUUGUGUUUUGCGUGAAGUUUUCCAUGAAACAAAUCGUGUUUUUCUCCACGUUUGCGUCGAACGUCCUAAUGAAUGAAAAGGCAAACUGUGAGGUGUAUCUGGUGUUACUCUGUCAGGCAUCCAGUGAUGUGAAAACACCGCCAGCGUUAACGUGUCUAACUAGCUGCUGUUGGAUCCCAUCUACUGCUCAGUCCUUGUGUUGUCUGCACAGCCAUGUGAAGCCCAUGUCCCAGUCUACUGCCAGUGACUCAUAUGGUUGUAACGAGCAGUGAUGUGGGGAUUAAAAACAGGGCUUUUAGAUGAAACAACACUUCCUGCGUGUCAGCGCAGUUGGAGCUGUCAUUUUGAAAGUUACACAGUUGAUGCCGAGUGUUUGUUCCAGCCUGUUGGUGUGUAACGAGGAACCACACUGUGAUGGUUGGAUAUACUGAUGCUUAUACUGAUGUUUCAGGUGUUUUCCAGGACCCGUGCAUGACGGCUGUGUCAUCUUACAUCCUCUGCAAAAGCACCAGUGUACUUCUUUACGAUGUGGAGGUAUCAUUACUACCACAGUGCUGUGCAUUUACGUUGCCUCGUGCAGGCAGAGACGAGCCCAGACAUGCCCCCCCCACACCGUGUCCAUUUAAUACACACCUUCACACCUUCUAGAAGUCAUAAGCCUGUAAACACACAGCACCAGUGUCAGAGCGCCGGCCCCAAAGGAGACAACAUCUAUGAGUGGAGGUCCACCAUCCUGGGCCCUCCAGGCUCCGUGUACGAGGGGGGAGUGUUCUUCCUGGACAUCGCCUUCACACCAGACUACCCCUUCAAACCACCCAAGGUGACGUUCCGUACGAGGAUCUACCACUGCAACAUCAACAGUCAGGGCGUGAUCUGUCUGGACAUCCUGAAGGACAACUGGAGUCCCGCCCUCACCAUCUCCAAGGUCCUACUGUCCAUCUGCUCCCUGCUCACUGACUGCAACCCAGCUGACCCUCUGGUUGGAAGCAUCGCCACACAGUACACAACAAACAGACCUGAACACGACAGGAUAGCCAAACAGUGGACCAAACGCUACGCCACAUAGUGGCCCGAGCUGCUGCUGAUUGGACGACCCGGGAGGAGGAUUUGUUUUUUAAUCUUGGAACUGAAGUCUUCAAUCCUGACAUUAUGUUGUUUAUUGUAUUAAGUUAUCCUUUGGCCUGACUAUAAUCAGAUCUGCCAGUAGCACAUUUAGUGUCUCCUCUUUGAAUAGUUCGCCCGUGCUUGACGAUGGGCAUUAAUACUUAACUACUAGAUGAAAUGUGUCAGCAUGAUUCCCAGUCAGUGGUGUCAGUGUAAAUUUCCACUUGUAUUAAACUUCCAGUUAGUGUUGCGAGCUGCAGCCGUAGUUUACAGGCUGCACUUCUCAGUAUUUGUGUGCUGCUGAGAAUAAAGAGAAGCUAACGUUUACCAGCACCCAUUUCUGCUUAAGCUCAUUCACAUUGAAGUGACCGUCUGAAGGUUUUCUUACUUUGUCACAGCGAGCAGUCACUCGAACACUGGGAUAACUGCGCUGGGACCCGAGGGCCGCUCUGGCGUUUGCUGCCACGCUCAGACUUAGAGAAAGUUGUUUCCACAUGUAGACGUGUUUAGGUGGAUGUUGGUUGUGGUUUGUGUUCUGUACCGAUGAAGAGCAGCACUGUUUCUCCCUUUAAGGAUUAAACAUGACCAACCAAAGCGA